AUGCAGCCACUUGGCCGAGAAAAUCGAUUGGGCUUGAGAACGCUCCCAAUUUCAAAAUCCAACUCUCCUGCGUUACAUUUAGAAAAUAUCAAAAAAACACCAAAGGCAACUUAUAGACAUUAUAUCAAGUAUGACAAAACGAGUCCGUAGACAUUAAAAUGGUGGGAGAAACAGCCUCCCUCUUAAGGCCUGCUGCUUGAAAAAUCCUGGGAAUUUUUGGAAGGGAAGGGAGGAAGGCGUUCAGAUAUAUGCAUCUGGCCGGGUUAGCCAGCCACAUACUCGUGUCCAGAUCAACUUUUACCCUGAAGAGAGAUGGUUAGUGGGAGUUGGAAAGAAAACACCCAGAAAGGCCACAUAUAAUUGACCAAUGAGCAAUAUCAGGCAUUGCGUCUUGGGCUUCAAGCUCUAUUUUGGUCCAAAACUUGACUAGGAUUUUUUUUUCGAAUUUUCAGGAGGCAAACACCGUUGACGCACGGAAUGGUGAUCUAGCAUCCCUGGAUCAGGCAGUGAGUGUAAGACCUCGUCCAUGAGGAGCAGCAUUUAUUCAUUAAAUAUUAUAGAAACUCUCAGCCAGCAAAUUUCUGUUCAUGCAACAUAAUGAGAAUCCACGCUAAACGAAUCCUAUGUACAGUGCUUUUACAACAAGAACAUUAGGUCUUACAAAGCGUUCAGAGACUUCCGAGAGCUUAAAUCGAUUUCCGAUUUUUCAUUACCCUCGACGAUCCAUAGCUUUUGAAAAUAAUUACCUACCUCCAAAUCUGGAGCUUAAAAAAAGGCAAAUUGUGAUUGGGAAUUAAGCUUGAUUAUGCUGAUUCUAGCAUUAAUCAAAUGCAAAAAUUAUUUCUUUGAAUUCUUAAUCAUUAUAUUAGCUAUAAUGCGAGAAAUUAAAUAAGCCCAGUAUAUUUAAAUCUAGUUAAUAAAGAAAGAAGACUAAAAACAGCUAACAUACUUGAUGCUAGGCAAAAGCAUGCAGAGCCUACUACUGAGAAAAAAGAUAGCUUUAAUGAGAGGUAUUCAAUGAAAAAACAUAGAUUCACUCAUGCUUUACUAGGAGAUGUCCAGCUUCCUCGUACAUAUUAUGAUAUUUCAAAUGAAGAUUUUGAUGAGCCUAUAAUAUCUAGAUGCGCUACAGAACCAGUACCGCUAUUAGAGCCUCAAUCUUCUUUAAGAAGUCCAAAAAUAGAAAAGCUUCUAGAAACCUCUAAAUUUGAGCUAAGAGCCAAAGCUUUGACAUGUAUAAAACACCUAAACCAGCUUAAGCUCUCAUAUUAUGACUUCAUCAGCCUUGACAAGCUUGUUCCAAAAAAUCCUCAUUAUCCCUUAUACAUUUAUUAGAUUAAAGAAAAGCUCUUGGUGGGUUGAAGAUCCUUAUUCUCUUCCAUAACACUCCACUGUCUGCUUCGCCGGCAAUUGUAGCAUGUUCUUCAAAGCCUUGCUCCAGCCAGCACAUGCUACCUAGCAGUCUGAAAGUUUGAGUCACCACACCAUGCAUCAUCAACAGGGCCGCCACCAUUUAAAUUCAAAAAGGGUUGAAUUUAUGGUCGACCCUCGGCAAAAAUAAAAAUUCUUAGCCCAAGGAUUCAUGCUGUGCAAUAGUCACGAUUGGUCAAGACAACAGCCAUUGACACUAGUGGGAAACCUCUUUCCAGCUUCCUAUGGUAAGAACUUGGUAUUGGACAAAGCCUGCGGACGGCCGAUCUGACAUUGCGCUUCGCAAAAUCAGGAAAAACCUAGCUGGAUACACAUAUCGAACUCCAGCAUCCCUUACUCAAGGUCUCCGCACCUUUCAGAUGUCGGCUAGAGGAGAUAAGAGGAUGGAUUGAUUCGCCGCCCUAUUUUAAUAUAUGCCCUCUUAUCCCAAAAGUGAAGAAUUCAUAAUGUUUUGCAAAUUAGGACUAGAUGAAGAAGUCAAAAAAUUUUUGGUCGCGAAUAGAUGGCUUGCACUUGCUUUUGAUACAGCUGGACAAACUGGGCUUCAUUGGGCAGCUAAAAGAAACUAUGUAAGUAUUAUAACUCUUCUGCUAGAUUAUGGAACAUUUAUUGAUGCAAAAGAUCAUGUAAUAUUUAUUUAGUCCGGAAUUACUCCACUAUAUAUUGCUAUCAAAAACGAUCACUUAGAAGCUGCUCAGCUAUUGGUAGUAAGACAGGCAAAUUUAUUAAUAAAAACAAAAGCUGGGAGUACUUAUGAUUCAAUUGCUGCUUCGAAAGCAAUGAAGGGCUUACUCUUGAGAGCAAAAAUGAAUUAUUACACAAAGCCUUUUAAGCUGUCAAAAAAUCAUAACUAA